AUGGAGCGCGCAACAUGCAUGCUCUUGUGGCUUGCCGCCUUCCUUCCGCUGGCGUCGGGAAAGCCGAGUUGCAACACUCGCGAGGAGGGAUGCGGGCAGGCUGACUCGCAAGGCUCCCUCUUUCUGCAGCGAGAGACGCUCUCAAGGAUUUCCCAAAUGGCAACCGAGGAAAUCUACGAAGCCCUCGGGAUCACCAAAGCGAACCGAAGUCGUGCUGCUGACGCCCGUUUCCUGAUGAGAGCCAGCUUCGGCCCUACACGCGAGCUAUUGUCUGAGUUGAGUCACAAGGACCAUUCUGAUUGGAUCCUGGAGCAGAUGAACCUUCCGGUCGAGUCCCUUCGCGAGUACUACCGCGAGCGUGUGAACCCUUUUUACAAGUCCGACGCGGACAGCGACCGAGACUUCAAGCCUUACACACCUUGCUCUCCUGGAUCUCGCUGGAGGCGUUUCGUCUUCAUGAUGAGCGACAACAGGAAGCAGGUCGAGGUUGCUGGCGGCCAGAUCUUUGUGGAGGGCGCGUUCCGCUCAGAUAUUCCGACUGGACUGUUUGCCUCGCGCUGGAGCGGACUCGGGAACUACUCUGCCUACAUCUGCUAUGUGGAAGAGGGUGUCGGCAACGAUGUGCACCUGUCCAGCGACCAAAGAUGUCACUGGUCAGUUCCACUGACGAACAUGCCAAACCCUGCGCUGUUCGUGUCGGACCAGUCCAAAGUCACGGCCGUUUCGAUGCCUUUCCAGCAGGGCCUGCCCGACACGCUGUUCCUGCAGAGUCACUCUGAAGCCUGCUCGCUGGACGAGGCUCUCCAGCAGGUCGCCCAGGGCGAGCAGCUCUUGAUCCAGGCCGCGGGCGGGACCUAUGCCUUCCAUCCUCGUGUUCAGCUUCAUGGCAACACGCCAGCAAGCCCGAUGCCCGGGCUUUGCGUGCCGCCUUCCUUUCUCACCGAAGCAAACUGCAAAGCACCGGAGAUUCUGCAAUCUCAGGGACCUGCUGUACCUGGCCUGCGCGCGGAAGUGCACGUGCUGAGCUCCAGCCCUGCAGGGUUCGUCAGCGAGACAAUGAGCCAGCCCAGCUUCGCCUUCUUGGACCCUCAGGUUAACUAUCCCUCCACCGGCAGUGCUUGGACCCCGGAGCUGCCAAAGAACUACUACGCCAUCCGCUGGACAGGCACGCUGACGAUCCAGCAAGCUGGCGAGUACGAGUUCUUCCUGGAGUCAGACGACGGGUCGAAGCUCGAUCUCGAUGGCUCCGAGUUGGUGAACAACGGUGGCUUCCACGGCAUGCUUGAGAAGAGCGGCAAGGUCAAUCUCACUGCGGGAGGCCAUGCUCUGAAGAUUGAGUACUACCAGGGCAGCGGCGGUGCCGGAAUGCGCUUUCGGUGGCAGGGCCCCGACAGCAGCGGCACCAAGGAGAUCGUGCCAACCAGCGCCUUCCAGACUCCUCCGCCCAGCACAUCGAUCUGCCUUUCCUGUGGCUCACCGGGUGAGGUGGCCAAUGACCCAGCCAAGGGGCACCAGUUUCGGUUCUACACCACCAGGGAUCGCGCAGACCAAGACCUGGACAACCACUUCUUCGACCGAUUCGCGGAUGAACUGUCCAAGUCCACCGUGUGGACGGCCAAAGCCCUGUCUGCCAAGGACCAGCUCCGCCAGCGCGUGGCUUGGGCAUUGUCUCAGAUCUUCGUCGUCAGCGCGAAUGGCUUCGGGAUGGACGACCGGACUGAGCUAUGGCUCAACUACUACGACAUCUUCGUCCGCAACGCCUUUGGCAACUUCCGCGAUGUGCUCCGAGAGGUCACCUACAAUCCACUCAUGGGCCGCUAUCUCACCAACACAGGCAGCUCCUCCUUCGACUACAACGGCCGCUUCCCAAACGAGAACUACGCCCGUGAGAUUAUGCAGCUCUUCUCUGUGGGUCUGGACUUGCUGCACCCGAACGGGACGCUCAAGAGGGAUGCCCAGAACAACAGCAUCCCAACUUACGGCAUGGAGCAGAUCGUCAACUUUGCGAAGGUCUUCACCGGCUUCCGGGAGCGACCCUUCCGACCCAACAUCGAGAACGAAGCCGACGACAACCUGAUCGAUCCGAUGAUCAUGGACUCCCAGAGGCAUGAUGUCCAUCCGAAAACCGACUUGUACGGCGGCUUCCUGGGCGAUGCGCUCCCUUCCUGUACCGAGCCAGGGGUGCAUAAGUUCCUUGCCAAGGGUGCCCGCUUUGAGUUCUAUCCCGUGGACCACUUGGGGGAGGUUCUGGAAGUCUCCCAGGGUUCCGGACUCUAUGAUACCUUCUGCUCCAAAGUUGGCAAUGAGUGCUCCUUCCCUGCUACCUUGGUGCUGAACGAGACCCUGCAGUGCGUUGGUGCGGAGUGUGCGGCUGGCGACGUCAGCAUCGUCAGGGUCGACGGCAGGCACUACAUCUUCAUCCCUCCGCCAUGCGUAUACGCGUAUUUCAAGACAGUCCCAUUCAACACCUCGGUCGGCCUCUUUGCCUUAGAGGAGGCGGAGUUUUGCCCAGACGGCUCGCAUAUUGAGGACCAGGCGACCUGCGAGCAAGCUAUUCUGGCCGUCUACGGCUCACACGAUGGCAAUCCCUACACCAGCCCAAGAACCUGGUAUCCCAAGGGCUGCUCGUACAGAGGGGGCCGCAUGUACUUCAACACGGAUCCCGUGGGCAGAACCAAGUAUGGCGACUACCGGCCCAUUUGCUUCGCACAUCUGUUUGUCCACGAGGAUGGCAAGGCCAGCGCAGACGGUGUGGAGGCCAACAACUUUGCAGUCCAAUGGACAGGGGGAGUGCCCUCCAGCGGGAUGCAGUUCCUGAAGAUCGAGGAUGGGGCGGUCUUCAGUGAGACACCUUGCAAAGCGGAUGCAGUCCAGCAACUCUUCGUGGGGGCAUACGUGCCGAACACGACGUGCUCAGUAUGCGGGGGCGAUGUGGAGGUGUUCCACCUUCAUGGAGACGGUCCAGCCAUCACGGCCAAUACGAUCUUCAAGGUGGACGGUAAGUUCUACAAGAACACCAUGAGUACGUUGCAUGUCGCCGGUUCUACCCUCCGAAACCCACCCGCAUUUCUGAAGGACCAAAAGCCAAGGCAAGCGGAUGCAGCCGCGCUGGCAGAAGUUGAGAGCCUCUUAGAUCAGCUGUUCAUGCACCAGAACACUGCCGUGUUCAUCAGCAAGAGGCUGAUCCAGAGAUUUGGCACAUCGAACCCCUCAGCAGCGUAUGUAGAGGCUGUGCAGCUUGCAUUCCGGAAAGGGGAAUAUGGAGGCAUGCUUUUCUCGGGAAAGUACGGCGACUUGGCAGCCACCGUCGCGGCCGUCCUGCUACACAAAGACGGCGACAUGGAUGGCGCCUUGAACCAGCAAUUCCAUGGCAGCCUGCGAGAACCCAUGCUGAAGGUAAUCCACUUCAUGAGGUCCAUGGAGUAUCAGGACGUGGCCCAUGAAGACGUGGUCUUCCGCGAGCUCCAAGACGUGUUGGGCCAGUUUCCGUUCCAGUCGCCGACCGUUUUCAACUUCUACUUGGCCGACUUCAACUUGCCCAUGCCGGUGACGACGAGCAUGCCCGACUCCAUGCCGGAGCCCGAGCCCGAGCCCGAGCAGCAGCUCGUGGCCCCCGAAUUUCAGAUCUUCACGCCGCCGCACUUCAUCGGCUUCCUCAACGGCAUGUCCUCCCUCAUCAAGAGCGGGGUCAGCGACCGGUGCGACAGCGGCAAAGGCUUCGGCAUCCGGCCCAAUGCCUACGAUGCCCUGUCCUGGGAGGAGAUUUGUCCCAUGGGACGACUCGUGUCCGAUCUGGGGGACGAGAACGCCACCAUCGAGGAGCUGGACGUCCUGCUCACAGGCGGCCGCCUCACCGACGUUGCAAAAGACGUGGUUCGCAGUGCGUAUCGGCGCGCGCCGGAUGCCCAAAAGCUGAAGCGUGCCCAACAGGCGGUCGUGAUGACCCCUGAGUUCAACACGUUCGGGGCGCCGCUGCCACAAGCAGGGUCGCGUGUGGCAAGCCUGGGUGCCUCAGAAGGAUCGCAAAAGCCCUACAAGGCCACCAUAUUCCUCUUCCUUGCAGGGGGCGCCGACACUUGGAACAUGUUGGUGCCGCAAGACUGCGAUCUCUACCAGGAGUAUGUGGAUGUUCGGACAGACCUGCACCUCGAUCCGGAAGAUCUGAUUGCCAUCAACGUGUCGAACCAGCCGUGCCAGAAAUUCGGUAUCCAUGGUUCCUUCGACUACUUGAAGCAGCUCUAUGACGAGGGUGACUUGGCCUUCAUGACCAACAUGGGCUCGCUUGUGGAGCCACUCAACAAGGAUCAGUACCGCAACAACCUGAAGGAAAAGUGCGUGGGUCUCUUCUCGCACUCGGAUCAGCAGACUGCGGCGCAGACCUUGGCAUGCCAGGUGGCGGGCAACAGUCCCAGAGGUGCCGGCGGCCGCAUCACCGAUGCGUUGGUAGCUGCAGCGGAUCCGUAUGUUGCGACCUCCUUCUCCCUGGCUGGCAGUGCGAUCUUUGCGCAAGGCAUGGUGACCAACAGGCAGAUCGUCGAUGAGCAAGGCAAUGCUCGGUUCCACGAGUUCGAGCUGUGGCGUGAAGCCAUCUCCAACCUCACCCAGCAGCAGCACGCGAAUGUCUUCAACGAGCAGUACGCCCAGGUCUUCCUGGAUUCGAUCAAGGGCACGGAGGAACUUGGUCGGGCCAUCGAGGAUGUGGAGCUGGCCACGGACUACUCCACGUCCUCCAGCCUGGAGAACCAGCUCUCGCAGGUGGCCAAGCUCAUUCGCGUCCAGGAGGUGCGGAAGGCAGAGCGGGACUUCUUCUUCGUCCGGGUCGGCGGCUGGGACAUGCACUCGAACCUGCUGAAUGGCCUGACCUCGAGGUUCGGCGAGAUCAACCGGGCUUUGCACGGCUUCGUUGCAGAGAUGAAGGCGCAAAACAUGUGGGACAACGUGGUGCUUGCCAGCUCCUCGGAAUUUGCACGCACGCUGGACUCCAACGGGGGUGGCAGCGACCAUGCUUGGGCCGGCCAGCAUUUUAUUCUCGGCGGGAAAGUCAAGGGUGGGCAGAUGCUGAACCAGUUCCCUUCCAGCUUAAAGGAAGGGGCCUACAACGACCUCGGCCGUGGUCGCCUGAUUCCAGCCUAUCCAUGGGAGACGAUGCUGAAGCCCAUUGCCGAGUGGAUGGGCCUUGACACUAGCUCCCAGGAGACGUUGGAUGCAGUCUUCCCGAACAUCGGGCGCUUCAACUCAUCCAUUGUGCCGGGUGUGCUUUUCUUGGGAGCGGACUUCGGCGAUGGGCCACCUCCCGAGGAGAUCGUUCUGUUUGUGCUGGAGGCCACUGGCGGCACGUAUGCGAUGUACAGGGCGCUGACGUCCCUGGCAGGCUCAGGUUGCAAGCUCAGACUUGUCUGGUGUCCGGCCCGUGGUGGACGAUUCCACUUCGGUGAUCGGCCCAUUGAGACCUGGGAUCCCGAGACCUCACACAAGGAUGAAGAUGGGAGGAGCCGGCAGUGGAGGGAGGGCAUCCAGCAUCUGAUUGCUGGAGGUCAGGCCAUCGCGAUGGUAAGCCCGCCGUCCAAGGGCCAUGACCAUGCAGAUGCUGGCUGA